UGUCCCCACCCUCUCGCAUAAUAAUAUCCACUCCAGCGUGGUGGUGGUGGAAGUGUUUGGAGUUUGUCUUUGAACAAGAAUAGGGAGUGCAUGGACCUUUCCUGGGAUCAUCAAAAACAUUUUCGAGUUCGGGAAAAAGGAAAAUCAUAAUGACGUACUUUUCAAAUGUUGUUCGGAAGACGCCGAGUUACACGUUAAAGUGAAUGUUUUUUUGAAGGUGGGACUGCUUCCUAGUUCGACAAAUAUCUCAACAUCCUCACAAAGAAACUUUGCUCGCUAGGCUGCUAACUCUGGAACACAACCACGAAAAAAAAAAGUCUCGUGCCGAAGACGUUUUGCAAACCGCUGUCCACCCCAAGUCUAAGAGGCAUUUCUCUAAGUUUUUCGACAUGUUUUUGUCGGCGACGGUGAACUGAAAUUUGUAACGGUUUCGAGUAGUCUUCAUCACUGCAGGAGGAGGAAGAUUUUUUUUUUUAGCCAGCUACCACCGUCGCCCCCUCACUUCUACCACCAAGCAAGCAGGACCAGCCGCUAGCCUAAUUUCAGGUAGUUUGGAGCUAAAAAGUGGUCCCAGAUUUGGAGCAGCGAACAUGUCUGGACGAAGUGCCCAGGGGAGACCCGCUGCUGGUCUGCUGCCCCUCAAGGCGACCGUUCCCUUCAGGCUGGCCAGCAAACCCAGACCACCGUCCAGCAGCAGCAGGAGGGAUGGGAAGUCAGCUGGAAAAACCAAAUCCCACCAGCUGAGCUCAGGCAUGAGGCGGACGAUGUCCCUGGAUGCCAUCGUGGGGCCGUACCUUCAGGGACACUGGCCAAAGGAGCCAGAGGGCCCGAGCAGUCAGCCUCGCAAGGAUAAAUCUACCCAGACCCCUGACUCAUGGGUGGAGAAAUCCCAGAGCAGAAACCGCAACAUCCACAAACGUUCAGCAUCAUGGGGCAGCGCUGAGCAUCUGCGUGAGAUCUCCAAACUAAAACAACACCUGCAGCAGUGCAGCAAGCCUGCUGUCUCUGGGGGGCAUGAAAAAGACCGCCAGGGUAGUUAUCCUCAUGGGAGCUGUAGCCUAGGAGUGACUCAGCAUCAGCCGGUUCCCAUGCCCCUCACUCCCCUGUCUACGCUGGUCCCUCCUCUGCGCUGCAGCGUCGAGGGCCUCAACCAGGAGCUGGAGGGCAUGUUCAUCAGCCAACCUCUACUUCCACAGCACAGGUUGCUGGAGAUUCCGGACGGGCACCGCGCUCCCGUUCCUUCAAACGGCUCCAGCGGCGGAUCGCAGACUGAUAGCACCAUAACGCCCAUUUCUCCAUCCUCCACCCCCUCCUCACCCUUCUCCUCUCCCAGCUAUGUUUGCACCUCGCUGUCCAACUGUGUGGACACGUAUUUGGACACUCAGCAAGAGGGUAAAGAGAUGUGCUUGCUGUCGCCAUCAUCCUCUCUGAACGAAGCUGAGCCCUCCCUGCCUCUGCUGAUCUCCUCCUCCCCGGGGCCCAACAAAAGUUGCUGCUUUCAGAGAGAGCCUCCUGAAGGAUGUGAAAAAGUGAAGGUCUGGGAGGAGAUCAGUGCUCCACUCCAGUCCAAGCCCACCCCGGUCUCCUCAUGCCCAGACCCAAACAAGGUGAACUUCACCCCCCACGGGGGCUCGGCCUUCUGCCCCGUCAGCCUCCUCAAACCCCUGCUCCCUUCUAUGGACCUGCUGUUCCGCAGCCUCGCCGUGUCACCGACGGGCAGCUGCUCCAGCCAGGGCACCAGCUCCUUCCAGGCGGCCUCCUCCGGCAGCCGGGCGUCUCCCUGCGACCCCUCCGUGGGGGAGAGCUCCGGAGAAGGCCUGGCUUUCUGAUCACGGCCGCAGAACUUCCUCACGCAGGCGACGACACAGUAAACCGGCAGUGGAGAGGUCUAUAUUCUUCCUUCAAAAGCAUAAAUGAAAACGUUUAAAUAAAUAUUUUCGGGGCCUAAAAGGAAAAAAGAAAAAAAAAUCAGAAGGACUUUAAAACAGGAGUUUGAGUUUUACAAAAAAAAGUUGUUACACUUCUAAAUUUGUCUUGAUUUAUUCAUUAUCCAAAGAAAUAAGACUGUAGGAAAUUUUGUAUGAGACGUGAAGCUUUUACAUGUGAUUUGUGGGAUGACCUAUUACUGUUCUUUUCUCCAAAGAAGCCAAGUCCGACAUGUGUCAAUCAAAAUACGAGGAGACUCUGUGGAGUAGGAAGAACCUUCUUGAGUUAAUUUUAAGUAUUCUGAAAUAUUUAUAUGCACCUGUCGCUCCUGCGUGACAAAUCAGCUGGGUACUUCUUAUUUGACUGAAAGAAGAGACGAUGAAACCACAGAUCAACUUAGGCUGAGUAGCUGAAAACUUCUGGCUUCCUCUCAUGCAUUCCAAAAUUAAAAAAAAAAAAAAAUCGAUAUAAUUGCAACAUAAAAUGAAUUUGUGCAUGCGUUAGUUCAUAGAAAGCCAUUAUUCCUCCUCGUUUCUAGGUUUUUGCUUGUUUGUAGUUUGAGGUUUUGCAGCCUAGUUGACUACCUAACCAGUUCUAGUGGUGUAGACGUGUCAUCUUUAUUGUUUGGAACUCAGAAAUGUUCGGAAAAGCCGCUGAUCACAUAGUUUUAUUUCUCGUAGACGUGUUUGCACAAAUUGAACUGCUACUUAUGAGUCGCAAUAUCUUAUUUUUAUAUAUUACUUUUUUUGUACUUCAGUGUACAUGGAAGAGUAGUAACAUGUAUUUUUUCUACGUCUUUUGGAUGAUCUGCCACAUAAGCUAAAGGUCCCGUCUUAGUUUUGUACAGAGUGUUUGUUUGAAGCAGAUGUUGCGUCAGAUGUUCUAUGGGGUGGACAUCCAUGCACUUCCAGGAGAGGCUUCAUAUGAGAAGCCUUACUUCCACACAAUGUAUCUGGUUUUAUUGUUUGACUUUUUCUAAAGGGGUGCACGGAGAUGAAAAGUUGACCUUUUCAUGAUCUUCCAUUCUUGGUGCACAUGUGAAAAGCUGAUGGAUCGAGACAAACCUUUUUCAGAUUAUACUCUGUUUCCCUGAGUCUUUUUUUAUUAUUAUCAUUAGGCUGGGGAUGUGAUCUUCUCUCAGGUUCUGUGUUCUGUCCACAAAAAGAUUAAAAUAAAAAUAAAUCAGC